UUGAGCCACAGGCACAGCAAGGAAGAAUAUAAAGCCCCUGCCUCCCUCUCCUCAUACCUCAACCUCCUCAAACUCGAGGUCCCCAAACCAUUUUGCACUCUAACAACAAAUACUCAACGCUCCUCCUACUCUCACUCACUCCGUGCCUCUGACGACUUAUUGACGACUUAAAGGCUUUAGGAUAUGUGCAAGGGUUCCAAGGAUAAGCUUAGCCCCUCCAAUUUCACCAUGGAAAGCGGAUUUCCUAAGCAGAAUUCGGUUUUGGUUGAAUUGUCUGCCUCAGACAAUCUUGAUGCUUUCAGAAGCGAAGUAGAAGAGAAAGGUUUACAUGUUGACGAGGCUGGCUUUUGGUAUGGUAGAAGAAUUGGGUCAAAGAAGAUGGGGUUCGAAGAGAGGACACCGCUUAUGAUCGCUGCCAUGUUCGGCAGCACCAAGGUUUUGAAGUAUAUUAUUCAGUCUGGUAAGGCUGAUGUCAACAGGUCUUGUGGUUCAGAUAAGGUCACUGCCCUUCACUGUGCCACUGCUGGCGGUUCCACCGCUUCACUUGGAGUUGUCAAGCUCUUGCUUGAUGCAUCAGCUGAUGCUAAUUGCGUCAAUGCCAAUGGGAAUAAGCCCAUUGACUUGAUUGCCCCUGCUUUGAAGUCACCUUGCAGUUCAAGAAGAAAGACUCUGGAGAUGCUGUUGAAAGGUGAUAUGUCAGUGAUGGAAAGUGAUCAGAUUGCUAACCAAGAGGGAGACCAACAGAAGUUUCCAAGCCCUCAGCUGUCAAAAGACGGAAGCGAGAAGAAAGAAUAUCCUAUUGAUAUUUCAUUGCCUGAUAUCAACAAUGGGAUAUAUGGUACAGAUGAGUUCAGAAUGUACACUUUCAAGGUGAAGCCGUGCUCGAGGGCCUACUCUCAUGACUGGACUGAAUGCCCUUUCGUUCAUCCAGGUGAGAAUGCAAGGAGGAGAGACCCAAGAAAGUACCCAUAUAGCUGUGUACCCUGCCCUGAGUUCCGCAAAGGGUCGUGCCAGAAGGGAGAUGUCUGUGAGUAUGCUCAUGGUGUUUUUGAGUCCUGGCUUCAUCCUGCUCAAUAUCGUACCCGGCUUUGCAAGGAUGAAACAGGGUGCACAAGGAAAGUGUGCUUCUUUGCUCACAGACCUGAAGAAUUACGCCCAGUGUAUGCUUCCACGGGUUCAGCCAUGCCUUCACCAAGGUCUAUGUCAGUGAGCGCCGCAGAUAUGGCCGCCUUGAGCCCAUUAGCUCUUGGUUCAUCACCUAUGUCUCUGCCUACCACGUCAACACCGCCCAUGUCUCCAUUGGCAACCUCUUCAUCUCCCAAGAAUGGAGCUUUGUGGCAGAACAAAGUUAACCUCACUCCACCUGCCUUGCAGCUUCCAGGCAGCAGGCUAAAGAGUGCUUUGAGUGCCAGAGAUUUGGACUUGGAGAUGGAAUUGCUAGGACUGGAUAGUCAUUCUAACCAACAACAGAAACAUCAACAUCAACAGCAGCAGCAACAGCAGUUGUGGGAUGAGAUAUCUCGUCUCUCCUCGCCAAAAUGCUACAAUNNGAUUGGAGACUUGAAGCCAACUAACCUUGACGAUGCUUUUGGAUCCUUCGAUCCUUCUUUAUUGUCUCAAUUGCAGGGAGUUUCUCUAAAGCCUUCAACACCAACCCAGUUACAAUCUUCUGCGCAUCAGAUUCGCCAAAACAUUAACCAACUUCGAUCAAGCUACCCAACUAACUUGUCAUCCUCUCCGGUGAGGAAGCCCUCCUCAUUUGGGCUUGACUCACCUGGGGCUCUUGCAGCAGCAGUUAUGAAUUCCAGGUCUGCUGCAUUUGCACAGCGAAGUCACAGUUUUAUCGACCGUGGAGCAAUGAGCCAUCCUCGUGGGCUCACUGCCCCUGCUAAUUCUUCCACCAUGAUGCAGUCUUCAGAUUGGGGCUCUCCUGGUGGGAAAUUGGAUUGGGGAAUUCAAGGAGAUGAGCUGAACAAGCUGAAGAAGUCUGCUUCUUUUGGGUUCCGAAGCAGCAAUGCUGGAACACCAACCACCUUUAUGCCAUCAGCUGUUGGUGAGCCAGAUGUCUCUUGGGUCAAUUCCCUGGUUAGAGAUGUUUCUUCUGAGAGGUCUGAGCAGAAGUAUCAUCACCUCAAUAAGGGGGUUCAUGAAAUGCUUCCCCCAUGGGCGGAGCAGAUGUACAUAGAACAGGAGCAAAGGGCAUAAGCGACAAGUCUGGCUCCUAGCUUCUCCUGAAGAAGUUGAUACUUCCGAGUUUUUAUUAGUAUUCGAUAAAAUUAUAGUUGUAAUUUAAGAAAGGGGAAGCUACACCAAACCGAUUCAAUUCAAUCAAGGCCUUGAAGUUCCGGGCAGGAUAAAGGAGAUCAAGUUAGGCUAGACUUUGGAGAAAUCAGAUAGAAGGAAGCUGCUAUAUUUUUUCAUUAUAUUGUAUUUAUUUAUUUAUUUAUCUCUCCAUCUGGGAGAUGUUAAUUACUAGUUCUCCACAGAGAUGAUAAAUGCAUCAGUGGCAGGAAUGUAUUCUUAUUUAAUCUGAUCAAAUCUUGCAACUCAUACGGAAAAUGAAAGUUUCUGUGUUGUAAACUUGUGAUCUAUCAAUUAAUUCAUUUGAAGUUCAUCCA